AUGGAAAAGGACAUAGUGAUUAAAAAGGAAGAACUAGACUUAGAUUAUAGUAUAGUCAAGGAAGAAUAUACCGUUCAACCGGCAGAAGUGUUUGAAAUUAAAAUAAAAGAAGAGAAAGAUGAUCCUGAAGAGGAAGUUGAGGGAAAUGAUAUUCCUGCUUCUCUGAAAGACUAUCCUGUAUCCUCUGAUCUUCCGGAUAGAAAGCAAAGUAGUAAAGCAGUUAAUACUUCUGAAAAGUCUGUUAGAGUUUCAAAACGGAAGUUAAGUCAGGAGAACAACAGCCAUGAGAGGAAGCUCUCAUGUCCUCCUGUAAGCUCAAAUACUCCCGACAACAAGCAACAUAAUCCUAACUUCAGACCACUACUGCGGAAGCGUAAUAAAUGUGAGAUUUGCGGAGAAGUCUUUCGGAAUAAAUGGACCUUCCAACUUCACAUGCUUCACCACCAUGGUGAGAAGAAUGUCUGUCCUAUUUGCUUCAAGACCUUCCCGGAUAAUCGGGCUGUGAAGCACCACAUACAUCUUCAUACAGCUGUGCAGCCUUAUAGGUGCAAUCAAUGUGGUCAAAUCUUCAGUUGGAAGAAAACCUUCACGAGACACAAAGAGAACUGCGGGAAGGAGGAAGCUCCAGUAGCUUCGGGAGGAGCUUCGGCAGAUCCCCUCACAUGUCCAUAUUGUGGGAGAAUCUACACAAAUGAAAGAAUGUACGCAAUACAUAAAAGUUGGCAUUUCAGCAAAUCACUAGAGUGCCUGUACUGCUCUGGGAAGUUCGGAAGUCGUCAAGAACUUGAGGGGCACUCGAACUCGAAGCAUAAUGGCUUACCCGUUGAUUUGGAAGAUGCUAUCAAGUCAGGAAAGAUCUUCAAUGUGGACUAUCGGAAAUUCGUAAAGAAGGAAAAAUUAUAA